AUGCGAUUGGCUGAAACUCUUGAAUCGACAGUCGUUGAAAAAGCCUCUUAUGAUGAUUCAGUUUCUGAACAACAGGAACAAGCAACUGUGCAAUCAGAAUCUGAUUCGACUGAAGCCAUCAAACUGGGCGAGGAAAUCUUGCCCAUCGUUCGAAGGGGAAGCUUCGUCCAGGACUCCUUCUUCCUCGAUGUCCGCCAAGAAUUCGACGCUGCCAUCAGAGAGGUCCUGAGGAAGUGGGUCAGCGAAGACAGCGAAGUGACACACAACAGCUUCGAUCCCGAAUUGAAGGAAGAGACCCAAGUCUUUAUCGUCACGUCCGACAACACUAGUUACAAGAUCGUGUUGGACGUCCAAGACUUCAUGAACGGGGAUCUGAAGGUGAAGGUGGCGGGCGAGACGGAGGUGGUGGUGGAGGGUCGUGUGGAGAGGAGAGAAGAAGGAAGCUCAUCCGUGUCCUCCUACUCCUUCCGACGCCGCUUCUCCUUGCCAGAGCAUAUUGACAUGACAGCCAUCACGUGCAUCAUGUCUUCAGAUGGCAUUCUUACAAUCAGCGCUUCAAAAAUGGCAGAAGAACCGGAGGAACACAAAGUGAUCAGGUCUGUUGAGGAAGUUCAAAAAUCCUCUCAAGUUCAACGCUCGCUAUUCCCAGCUGAUGAAACCAUCUCCCUCCAUGAGGAAUGUGAAAAAGAAAGCAAAGCCACACAUGACUGCAUGGACUCUGUGGCAGAAGAUACGAGCAUUGAAGAUGUAAAGAUUCCGAUCUCAUCUGAAGAAAUGAGUCACUCGGUGGAAUCUGAGACAGCACGAGAAGUCCUGUUGACUGAUUCUGCAGCAACAUCGAGUCAUGAUACUGAUUUCGACUUUGUAGAAAGUGAAAAUCAAAGCAAAGAAACUAUUGACAACAAAGAAUCUAUUGUACCUGCAAAAGGGCUGGCUGAUUCUUCAACUUUUGUCUGA